CAUCUUUUACUGUACUGUUUUUGUUUCAUCCAUUUGCUGUGUUUUGUUCUGUUUUCUUUGUUGUAAAAGCAACGGAACGAAACUACGUCCAAUAGAGAAGACUUAAAAAAUAAUCAUAUACUGCUGCCAUGUAGUUAUAAUUACUGAUAUACAGUUUGCUUUAAAAAGUUAAAAACCAGCUCACAAAAUGACUGAAGAACAUGUUAACUAUACGCGAUGGAACGAUGCAUCCAAUCUGCAAGCGGAGAUUCAACCGAUAACGGCUCGCAUCGAAGACAUGUUACUGCGGCUAGAGGAAUUCGAAGCUCUACUUGAGCUAACGAAGGCACAACGCUCGGUUGCGGUGCAGCAGAACAUCGGAACGAUCGUCGCAAUGAAGCCGGAGUUUGAUGAGCUGUGCAGCAGAAUCGAUCAGCUGGAGCGUUUCGUUGCGAUGGUGUCCAAGAAUCUGGAGGCUGUGGAGAAGCAGGUUCAGAUUGCCGAAGAAGAACUGGACAUUCCGGAUAAGACUAUCAAUGUGCUGCUGAAAUCGUUGAAUAUUUUUAGCAAACCGAAGACGCUGGAAAGGCAAACCAAUCGGAAUGCUAGUGGGGUCUAUCAGGCACCCACUAUUUUCAAAACUAGCGAUUAUUUUGGGUCAAAGGAGGUUAAGGUUGUUGAUGCUGCUGGUGGUAUCAUAAAUGAAGAAGGUCAAGAACGUGGUGAUAAGGAAAAGUGAUGCUUUGUUGU